GGAAGUGACUCACUCCUCCGAGGGCUUGUGGGAGACUCAGCUCAGGGGCAGGCAGGGGGCGUGGGGAAGGCUGCAGCUCAGAGUCCAGAGAGGAGGAAGCUCCUGCCAGCUGAGCGGGCCCUGGAGGAAGUGAACGGCGGGGCUCCUGCCUCCUGGCCUGGUCCCCAAAGCCCCCAGAAGAACCCGGAACCUGCUUUCAUUCGGAACCCAGGGACCACACUUUGCACCCAGUAGGCCGUCGUUUUCCUGCGUGGAGAAAGCGGCUGGGAUUGGGAGGUGAUGGAGCUGGAGUCCUUGUAUGACCUGCUGCAGCUCCCCAAGGGGGUGGAGCCCCCAGCGGAGGAGAUGCUCUCACAAGGAGGAAAGAAGAGAUACCUGCCACCGACUUCCCGGAAGGACCCCAAAUUUGAAGAACUGCAGAAGGUGCUGAUGGAGUGGAUCAACACCACUCUCCUCCCCGAGCACAUUGUGGUCCGCAGCCUGGAGGAGGACAUGUUCGACGGGCUCAUCCUGCACCACCUAUUCCAGAGGCUGGCGGCACUCAAGCUGGAAGCAGAGGACAUCGCCCUGACAGCCGCAAGCCAGAAGCACAAGCUCACAGUGGUGCUGGAGGCCGUGAACCGGAGUCUGCAGCUGGAGGAGCGGCAAGCCAAGUGGAGCGUGGAGACCAUCUUCAACAAGGACCUGCUGUCCACCCUGCACCUCCUUGUGGCCCUGGCCAAGCGCUUCCAGCCCAACCUGUCCCUCCCAACCAACGUCCAGGUGGAGGUCAUCACCAUUGAGAGCACCAAGAGUGGUCUGAAGUCAGAGAAGUCGGUGGAACAGCUCACUGAAUACAGCACAGACAAGGACCAGCCUCCGAAGGACGUCUUUGAUGAAUUAUUUAAGCUGGCUCCGGAGAAAGUGAAUGCAGUGAAAGAGGCCAUCGUGAACUUUGUCAACCAGAAGCUGGACCGCCUGGGCCUGUCUGUGCAGAAUCUGGACACCCAGUUUGCAGACGGGGUCAUCUUACUCCUGCUGAUUGGACAACUUGAAGGCUUCUUCCUGCACUUAAAGGAAUUCUACCUCACUCCCAACUCUCCUGCGGAAAUGGAAUGUGUAAUCGAAGUGCUGAGAGGUCGUCAGCUGCGGAGGGCGGGAACACAGCCCUUGCUGAAGCUUCACAACGUCACCCUGGCACUGGAGCUGCUGAAGGAUGAGGGCCUGCUCAGCUGUCCCGUCAGCCCUGAAGGGCAGGAGGCUGCGACCUUGAGAUUCCAGGGCAUCACCCUCCCAGUUCUGGGCUUCUCAGAAGCAACCGCCCCACCGACCACCCGCAAUGCACACACAUCUCUGGCCAUAUUUCCCUAGGAGCAGCUGACAACAGGGUUCUGUGGUGCUGUGACAGUGGGCCAGGUGUGAUGUGGUGAUGGUUUCCGGAGCAAGGGGCAGGAUCCCUAAAGAGCAGAGUGGACUUCCUAGGAGCUGGGGCAACCUCAGAGCUCCUCCCUCCCUCACACGGCAGCUUCCAAGGUACUGGGAGGGCCCCAGUCAUGCAUGUGCAGCGGCAUGGUCUCGAAUCACUGCGACCUUCGCCUCCUGGGUUCAAGCGAUUCUCCUGCC